AUGCCACCGCCACCUUCCUGGAUAAAUCUACGAACAGCCUCUGAGGUCCGCAACGCGCUACGCGAAGCGACCGGGCGCACCACCUAUAUAGCGAUCCUGUUCAUCUACCUCACGUACAAGGCGACACGCCCUAAGAAGCUUGCCGAUGUUAGCGUGUAUCUCGACCGCAAGUUGGCCAGGAUCGAGUGUCUGUUCCCCGGCCUCGUCUCCGUGUUCCGGGAGAUUCGGUACGAGUUCGGACUGCGACAGCAGCCUCUGUUAGAGGGGGUCGAGCUGGGCCGGCUCGGGCCGCCGCCAGCCUACAGACUCUAG